AUGUCGUUCUACAGACUCUCCCGGGGAGUUCCAACUCUCCCACUCGCCAAAGCCUCCCUUCCUCGCGGAGUCGCCUCCCCACGCCAUGUCGGAAAACGCAGCAUGGCCACCGCAAACUCCAAGAAGAAGGAGUUUCUCUGUAUCCUGCCGGACAAGCCUGAUGCUCUGAACCUUAGAAAGCAAGUGAGACCAGCACAUCUGGAAGACAUCAAACCCCUUGUUGCAUCCGGCCGGGUCGUCGCCGGAGGGGCAAUGGUUGAGAGACACCCCGAGGAAGGUGAGGGCGUGCCCUUCAAGGGAAGUAUGAUGAUCUAUACCGGGGAGAGCAUUGAGGAUGUGCGGGAGACCUUGAUGAAAGACAUCUACGCUAAGAGUGGGGUCUGGGACCUCGAGAAGGCACAAAUAAUUCCAUUCAUCUCCGCUAUUCGGGAACAGUUGUCUAAGAGAUAG